UUUGCGCUUGAAAUCAACUUCCCUGUCGGCGGCUUUCUUGCCAAUCUGCCUCACCGGAAGCUGUCAAACAGACAGCGGCUCGCUCGCGUUUGACAGUUCUUGUUUCCUGCGCUCUCUUUUCGUUUGUGACUGAAUCGACAAGAACAUCAAAAUGGUGAACGUUCCCAAGCAGCGUCGUACCUACUGCAAGAAGUGCAAGGUGCACCGCGUCCACAAGGUCACGCAGUACAAGAAGUCCAAGGAACGUCAGGCAUCGCAGGGUCGUCGCCGUUACGAUCGUAAACAGAAGGGUUUCGGUGGACAAACCAAGCCCAUCUUCAGGAAGAAGGCCAAGACCACGAAGAAAAUCGUGCUGCGUAUGGAAUGCGUCGACUGCAAGUACCGCAAGCAGACCCCGCUGAAGCGCUGCAAGCACUUCGAACUGGGAGGCGACAAGAAGCGAAAGGGACAGAUGAUUCAGUUCUAAGCGCCGGGCGCCUACAAAAAUGGUUGGUUGCUUGUGAAUUUCUAACGUGUCGUCAAACAAACUGCUGAAUACGGAAAAAAGUGGAUUAAAAGCCAACGGAAGGAACCUGGCUCUGCCAGGUUUCGGAAGUGACCAAAAAAAUAA